CCGUGACUCAAAAUGCCAAGCCAUAAAACCUUAAAAGUCAAAAAAGUCUUAGGUAAAGCCCAAAAGUGCAACAGAUCAGUUCCAGGCUGGAUCCGUUUAAAGACUGAUAACAAAAUCAGAUACAAUAACAAAAGAAGACACUGGAGACGUACUAAAUUAGGUAUCUAAACGCUUAUUCGAAGAAUAAUAAUAAUUAUAGUACAAAUAAAGAUUUCAUGUCUUGCCUAUAAAA